AGGUGGAGAAGAUAGCUUCAAGGCAAAGGAAGACAUAUAAUCUUCACACGGUACUGGCUCUUUAUAUGUGGCUGAACUCCAGAUUCUUGAGGAUAUGCAACUAAAACGCAAGAAGCAGGGACACACCUUGAUAUUUCCUUUGAGCGAGUAUCUGCAUCUCAGGACUCCGAAAAUCUCGUUUUCCUCUCUUCUGGCAGUGACAUACCCGCAGCAGCACAGGUGAAUCAGAUAGAGAGCUAACGAUGGGACCUGGAGGUCCAGGGGGCCCUGGAGGUCCAGGAGGGCCUGGGAUGGGAGGAGGACCUGGCUGGGGUCCUGGCCCUGGGGGCCCUGGUUUCGGUCCGGGAUUUGGAGGCCCUGGUUUCGGUCCGGGAUUUGGAGGUCCUGGUUUCGGUCCGGGAGGUCCUGGUUUCGGUCCGGGGUUUGGAGGCCCUGGUUUUGGGCCAGGUAUUGGUGGCUUUUUUGGUGGGUUCGCUAAUGGUAUAUGCAACAUGGUAUCUUCUUGGUAUGUACUAUCCUUAACUAAUCAUAUUAUUGAACUCUUGCCUUCAUUGAGUUUUAAAGUUGAACACGUGUUAAUUGUACUAAGAUGUCUAGAUGGAACCAUUUAUGCCUCAUCUAGCAGAACUUACACCAACUUUUUUUUAAAGAAAACAAUAAUGGAACUUGAUUUUUGCGUUUUCUGUUACGAUUGUUGUAUCAUAUUAUUUUCUCUGUUAGUUUUGAGUUCUGAUAAAAUGUGAAUCGUUCAAGCGUUUGGAUAAUUAUA